AUGUCGGACUCCCCCCAAUCUGCUCCCAAGGAUGUCGAUCAAGGCGUACAGUCACCCGACGGGGAAGAACAAAUGAACGAAACUCAGGACCCACAGAGUGCUGGACUCACGUACGAGUUCGAGGCGCGCAACCUUAUCCCCACCUACGGGCUCAUGUCCGACGAUUCGUCGUCCAAGACGCCGGAAGCGCUUCGCGUUUCGAAGACGGAGAAAACCGACGAUGGGUUUGAUGCUAACAUACGCAAUUUUGCUCCAGUGGCUCGUAUCAUGAAGAAUGCCCUCCCCGACAAUGCUAAGAUUGCAAAGGAGGCUAAGGAGUGCAUGCAAGAGUGCGUGAGCGAGUUCAUCUCUUUCAUCACCAGCGAAGUUGAAGAGGAGGUCGCUAACAAGGAUGCAGCCUCCGAGAAAUGCCAUCAAGAAAAGCGGAAAACUGUCAACGGUGAAGAUAUCCUAUUCGCUAUGACAUCCCUCGGAUUUGAAAACUACGCCGAGGCGCUCAAGAUCUAUCUCGCAAAGUAUCGCGAUCAAUCACAGUCCAACCGAACCGAUAACCAGCAACGACCCAACAGCCAAGGCUACGGUGCCAGUGCCUCAGGCCAAGGUGGAAGCGCUUCGGGUUACCAAGGGGACCCGAACGCUCUGCUAGCUGGCCAGCAGGGCGAAGGAGCGGAUGCUGGAUUCUUGUACGGCGCACAGCCUGGACACAACGGAGCCGGUACCGAAGGGCCGUACUGA